AGGUCAGCUGAGCCAAUGGGAGGAAGGGGAGGGGCCCGAGCAGCUGACUGCCGGGGCCGGUCACUCACGCCACGCUGCCAUGGCUUCCGGAGGGGAGGAGCCGGCCAGCAGCUCCCUGGACCGGGCGGAUGCCAGCCUGGACCGCUGCUCCCCCGACCAGGCCAAGGCCAGCGCCUCCAUGCUGGACAGCGGGGAGGACUUUGAGGUCCUAGAUGAGGAUGAGGAGGAGGACCUGAGUGAACUCCCCCCUUUGGAGGAUGUCGGGAAAGGGAACACGCCACCCAGCAAGGAGGGCGUGCAGGCUUUGGGGCCAGAGCCUACCGGGGAGGGGGCGGGCGAGGAGCCACCGGCAGCUGAGGAGUGGCUGGAUGUCUUGGGGAACGGCCUGCUCAAGAAGAAGACCCUGGUGCCUGGCCAGGGCGUGGAGAGCCGGCCGCGCAAAGGCCAGAACGUGACCGUGCGGCUCAGGGUGAUGCUGGAGGACGGCAGCGUGGUGGAGGAGAACCCCGGCCUCACCUUCACCCUGGGAGACUGCGACGUCCUGCAGGCGCUAGACCUGUGCACGCAGCUUCUGGAGACGGGAGAGACGGCCUCGAUCAUGUCUGAUGCGAAGUACUGCUACGGCCCCCAGGGCAGGAGCCCUGACAUCCCGCCCAACGCCGCCCUCGCUCUGGAGGUGGAGCUGCUGGCCGUGCAGGACGCCCCCGACCUGGAGCUGCUCAGCGGGAAGGCCAAGAUCAAACUGGCCAACCGCAAGCGGGAGCGCGGGAACUUCUACUACCAGCAGGCCGACUACGUGCUGGCCAUUAACUCCUAUGACAUCGCCCUCAGGGUCAUCAGCUCCAGCUCCAAAGUCGACUUCAGCCCUGAGGAGGAGGCUGAGUUGUUGGAGGUGAAGGUGAAAUGCCUCAACAACCUGGCAGCCUCUCAGCUCAAGUUGGACCAUUAUGAGGCCGCCCUGAAAUCUUGCAACUUGGUCCUGGAGCACCAGCCGGAGAACAUCAAGGCACUUUUCCGAAAGGGAAAGGUCUUGGCACAGCAGGGCGAGUACAGCCAAGCCAUCCCCAUCCUGAAGGCAGCGCUGAAGCUGGAGCCCUCCAACAAGACAAUCCACGCAGAGCUCUCCAAGUUGGUGAAGAAGCACGCGGACCAGAAGACUGUGGAGACAGAGAUGUACAGAAAGAUGCUGGGGAAUCCCAGCCCUGGCAGCACCCCUGUUAAAUGCAAAGACAAGUCACCCUGGUCGAUUCCCUGGAAGUGGCUCUUUGGCGCGACGGCCGUGGCGCUGGGUGGUGUGGCCUUGUCGGUUGUCAUCGCUGCCAGGAACUGAUGCCAGUCUGUGAGAGGCCUGGGGAGCGGCUGUGCUGGGCCUGGCAAGGUGAGCUCAGCUCGGUGCAGCGCUCCCUCCCCAUGCACUGCCAAAACGACAAUGAUGACGACGACUUCUCUCUGCUGGAGGUGAUCGGUGCCCCUGGUGACAGAUCCAGCACUCACCCCUGCCCCCUCCUCACACCCGCAGUCGCUCUGCUAGGAUGGGAAGCCCUGGCUUAUACCUGUACGUAGAGGAUGAAAGCCCCAAGUUGCUGCCCAGUCCAGGCACCAAGCUCCUGCCCCAGUCGUGGCUGCCAGGGGUGCUCUGCAGCAGGAGAGGGUACGAGAGGCUCCCCUGCACAGGGCUGUUGUGACCUUCGCCCCUGCAGCACCCGGUGGUAGUAGAGCAGCCCACGUGACCCAGCUGGUGCCACCCACCGUGGUGUCCUCGCCAGGCAAGGAGCAGCACCUGUGUGCUUAGGGGUGCAGCUCUUUCUGUGGCCUCAGCAGAAGGAGCAGGGCUGGGAGGGAAGGAGCCCAGGCCAGCCCUGCGUGUGUGGGCUGGGGUCCCUGGGCUGGCUGCUCUGCCCUGCCCUGUCCUGCAUUGGGGGGCUUCUCAGAGCGCCCUGACCCAUGGAUGCAGCUGGUUGUUGCCAGGUCCAGCAGCGGAGCGAGCGCGGCCUCGGCUGCCUGCCCCAGCCCUGCUAGCGCUGGCCAUCCCAGCUGUGCGGCUCCCCCUAUAGUGGACUCUAGCAUGCUGCUUGAUGCUGAGCUCUGCUUCCUGCAUAGGGGGUCCCCAGCACCCACCCUAGAUGCAGCCUGCUGCCGGAGCAGUGCAGGAGCCGUGAGCCUCCCAGAGCUCUCCAGGAGGGCUGCCUGCAUGGGCACACUGCUGGCCCAUGCCCCCCCCUUCACCAGCGUGCUGGGGCCAUGGGAGACACAGCUCAGAGCUGUCCCAUGCCCACGAUGCCUGGUGGCAGAGAGAGCUGGCAGGAACAACCCAGGAGGGGAAGGCCUGAGUGUCCCCACUUCCACCUCCUCCUGGCUGCAUCCUAGAUUCGGCCUCCCGGCAUUCCCCCUGCCUGGGCCACCUCUUCCGCCUUGCAGCUCUCUGGCCAGCUCGGUUCCUGUGCCUGCAUUUCCCAGCUGCUCUGUCUCUGUGCUGUGCCCCAGGGCCCAGCUGCUGUCUGUGGGCACGGCCCUGCCCUCUCUUCUGACUUCGCUGUGAAACCCCCAAUUAAAGGACAGGUCUCACUGCA